GUUGCAGCAGUGCCGGAUCAUUGCUCGGGCGCACCAAUGUGACCGUGGGCUAUCGGGGCUUCUGGGUUGAGGGUGCUGGCAAUAACACCUUCGUCGUGCGUGGCUGCCAACCCGCUGAAGUACUACUGCUGUCGAUUCUGCGGCCGAGCAUUUCGGAGACAGUCGCCAACUACAUCCGUGACGAGAUAGCUCGAGACCACACUGGCGAGUUGGACCUGCCAGACAUGGACGACAGCGCCGUGGAGACCGCUGCAAACUGCUCGCACCAGGUGGGCCCGGACACAGUCCCAACAUACAACCCCAGCGUGGACGACCACGGCUGCUUCGUCAGUCACCAAUCACAGAACAACUGCUACAACUACGGUACAGACAUCUCCACGGAUACCUUCGCCCAGCCCGGCCGAGGAUCUGGGCACAAGUGGAAAGCCAACACUUGCGAUGCCAUCCGGGCUGCUGCAGAGAGUGACGGCCUGCAGUGGCAGGGCACGGAGCUGCCGAAGGGACCGCCCGAGACCGGGCACUACGUGGCCCUGUUCGUCUGGCCAGACACGAAUUUCCACUGGGUCCGCAUGGACAAGACUGGCUUCUGGAGCCACAAGCCCGGCGGCACGCCUGUGCGGAACACAGACAACAACGGACAACAGAUCCUUUGCUGUCAAGCUUCACGGAAGAUAACUCCUCUAAACCCCAAAACCUUAACCCCUCAAGCCCUACACUCCAAACCCUAA